AUAAAAUUACGCUAGCACCGAUAAUUACCCGCGAAAAAAAUGUCAACAAAGUUAAAAUCGACAAUCUCUUCGUCAUUUAAGAUGAAUGGAUUGUCAUUAAGAAGUGAGGCAACCCGCUAUCUGGUAGAGGUGUUUUCCCAGGUAGAUGAAUCAGACUGUCAAGAAUGGCUUGACAAAAUCAUAGAAAUUGUUCAGAAACAACCUUUAACAUCAGCAUUGAUAGAUAAACAAAUAUGUGAGGCAGCUGUACAGGAAUGUAAUGCUGAACAGGAUGAUGAAAGUGAUAAAGUAUUUACUGUGAUAGAUGCCUUUUCUGUACCAAGAUAUACAUAUCAGAGAGAUAGGAAAAAGUUUAUACCGAACUCCACAUUAGGAUUACCUCCCCCUUGUCUACAUGGUAAUGCCAAUGAUAAAGCAACUCUAUUCAGGGAGAGAUAUACAAUACUUCAUCAGAGAACAUUAAGACAUGAUCUGUUUACACCACCAGCUUUAGGCAGUGCACCUGAGGAAAGUAAAAAGUUUCAGUUAAAGCCCAUAGAGUAUUUGCUUGGAACAACAGCGAAAGUGGGAGAGGUUAUUGUAUUAGGUAUGCUGACACAACUGAAGGAGGGAAAAUGGUAUUUGGAAGAUCCUACAGGUGUUGUACAGAUUGACCUUUCAAAAGCUAAUUUUCACACAGGGCUUUUCACAGAGAAUUGUUUUGUUUUAGCGGAGGGUUGGUAUGAAGAUGAAUUGUUCCAUGUAAAUGCUUUUGGGUUCCCACCCCCAGAGCCAGCAAAAACUACCAGGUCAUUCUUUGGCAACUUGAACUUUUUUGGAGGACCAUCAAACACAUGUGUGAAGGCAUCAAGUAAAUUACAACAGAUAGAACAAGAAAAUACAGAUGCAAUGUUUAUAAUACUGUCUGAUGUCUGGCUGGACCAGGUCAAAGUUAUAGAGAAGUUGAGAGUAUUAUUUUCUGGUUACUCAGGAUUUCCUCCUACCUGUUUUAUAUUCUGUGGAAACUUCCUUUCUGUACCUCUUGGAAAUAGUCAUGCUAAAGUUCUUAAAGAUUGUUUUCAACAGUUAGCUGAACUGAUGUGUGAAUUUCCAGACCUUAUAAAAAGUAGUAAAUUUUUAUUUAUACCUGGACCACAAGAUCCUGGACCAGCUACCAUAUUACCAAGGCCAGCAAUUCCCAACUCAAUAACAGAGGAACUAAGGAAGAAAGUGCCGUCAGCAAUAUUUGCCAGUAAUCCAUGUCGGAUACAGUAUUGUACUCAGGAAAUUGUUGUGUUUAGGGAAGACAUUGUGACAAAGAUGUGCCGUAACUGUGUCAAAUUCCCAGAAGAUGGUGAUGUUCCAACACAUUUUACAAAAACAUUAGUGUGUCAAGGACACCUGACGCCCCUCCCCCUACAUGUUGCCCCAGUGUACUGGGCAUUUGAUUGCGGUUUACGGUUAUAUCCUCUACCUGACCUUGUGAUAUGUGCAGAUAAACACGAUCCUUUCCACAGCACAUCAGUAGAUUGUACAGUUUUAAAUCCGGGUUCAUUCCCGAGGACAGAUUACAGUUUCAAGGUGUAUCUACCAGCAACUAAACAGAUAGAAGACAGUAAAAUAGAAGAUUAACCAAUGAUCUCAGUCCAUUUUGAUAUCUCAUCUUAUAUAUCACACUUGUCAUUUAUUGACCUUUGACCUCCAAUUAACCUGUUUUCUGCUGAAACGAAAAGUGAUCCGCCUUUGUUGUCAGUAUAGAGUCAAGUCAGCCUGCAUAUCCGUGCAGUCUGACGGGUUCUUUACUAUUGGCUGACUUACUUAAAAUUUUCAUACAGUUUACCUGGAAAUUGAUAAUGGAUAGUUCUAAAUGCUGUAACUGUUUGCGAAAUGAAUUCAGCAGGCUAACUAUUAUUGUUAUAUUUAUUUGCAACUGUUAAAGAACUGCAUUCCUUGAUUUAUAAUUUACAUACUAUUUAAAACUAUGAAAUUUGAUAUUUGAAAUGAAUUGAUAUAUCUGGUUGAAUUGAUAUAUCUGGUUGUGUAAAACCUGGAAAUAUUGAAAGUGCUAUAUUAUUAAUGCUUAAACUGUCAUAAUGACCCUCACUAAUUUUGGGUUAGAAUCCCACUAGGGGCAAUGGAUUCUUACAUGUGAGAUAGCUAUCCAGCUAGGUUAUUGAAGGCUGGUGAAUUUCUGCAGAUGCCCGAAGGAAAAAAAAAUGUUUGUUAGUGCAUCUAAGAUUGAAAUUUGUCCUGUUUGUCCAUAAAUAUUUGUUCAACCUAAAAAAAUAUUUUGAAAUGAAAUAUUCAAGAUAAGAUUUUGGAAUAAAUAUGCAAAAUGUGAUGAUAUGUAAUGUUAGUUAUGGCUAUAUCUGGUUCCUAAUUAAAGUUAGUUAAAAGCAUGAAUUUUUGUUUACCUGUUUUGUGAAUUUUUGUCAACAAUCCUGGGAAAUAUUGUAGGAAUACUAAAAUAAUUUAAUAUUUAUUAAACAAAUAUAACUAAUAUUUAUUGUACAGUGGACUACAUGUGCUAGUAUUUGAAAACUAGUGAUAAAUAUAAUAGGCAGAUACUAUGAGUAAAGAGCCAACCAGGGACAUCCUUAGUUGCCAAAUUUUAGAUUUUGAACAUUGUUUAUGGUACCCUAAUAUUGGGCAAUGCCAAACUCAAAAUUGGACUAUUCUAUUACACAAAGGCAGCAGGAUGUGUGUUAUAUUAUAAGCUAAGCUGAAAGAGAGUACUCUAAUAUUGAUUAUUCUAAUGUUUAAUCUUUAUUCAGUGUGAUUUUUACAGUGUUUCCGGCUCUAUACUGAUGUCAUUGAUAUAUUUAUUUUAGUAUUUUAUUUCUAGAAAAUGAAUGAUUGCCUAUACUGAAGUAUGAAAAAUUUAUAUAGAUUUUGAUAGUAAAGAGUCUUAGAUAUUGUAUAUUUACUUGUGUUUAUUUAUGUUUUAGAAUGAUGAAUGUGUUGUAAAAAUAAUAUUGAUACCAGUGGACUGAUAUUUUGUUUGUUAGUUUAUUUAUAUACAUGUACAAUGCAUGAUAAAACAUAAGAUAAUUCCUGCUGAAUUUUGAGAAUGUUUGAAUGAUUAACAAACAUCCGUGUUUCUGUAAAAAUGGUUGUUUUAUUCUGUUUCAGAAACAAAUUUUCAUUAUAAUAGUCAUAAAACUGUCUUAACAUUAUAUCUUUUUCAAUCACCACUUAUAUCCUCUAUGAUCAGGCUUGGAUUGUUUCAUGUGAUUAAGCCAUUCAGCUAGUAUAGCAGAGGUUGUUGGUUCUACUCAGGUGCCUCCUUGUGCGUGAACUAAUACUUAGAAGGGCAUCUGAGGUCUUUCAUUUGACUAUUACAGUGAUGCCAUGACUUAAAAGCCAACCAAAAAAACAAAACUGUAUGAUUGUUAACCAUUGCAUAAAAAAAAACAGCAAAUUUGUUAAUGUUCAAUUAAUUGUACUUGUUCAAUGAAAUUAUACUGCUGUAAUUUUGGUACAUAAUAGCAUUUAACAUAUAUGUGUAUGGAAUGGUGAUGUUAGUUGUAUACAAAAUAUGCCGUCAAUAUACGUACAAACUAGUCUACACUGCACCUAUGUCCAGUCUGACCAGACUCUAUACUGUUGGCUAUUUUAUUGAAUCAAUGGAAAGUUCUAAAUUCAACGCAAUAAGUUUGUUACACAAGAGGGGCAGGAAAGAUUUCAGACAUAAGUUAUUCUAUCUGUAAUUAUGCAUGUAGUUAAUUUUAGUUGUAAUUUUAUUGUACUAUAAUCUUGUCAGAAUAGUUCAUAUAAAUUAAAGCAGCAUGCCUCCAGAUUCAUGCUAAUUUUCAUGAAAAUUUUAAAAAUGUAUAUAGAAAUAAAAAAUAUUGUGAAGUGAACAAAGAAAGUAAUUUACACAUUGCAUGCAGCACUUACAAUCCAUGAUAAGUACUAAAAAAAGGGUCAAAAUAUGGCAAAAUAGCCCUAACUGUUGAAAUAUGAUGAUAUAUACUGCAAAAUCAGUCAAUAAUCUGACAUAACAUUUAUAUCAUUACAUGAAUUUUGAAUCUUUUUAUUUUUCUCAAGAUCUUGGAACACUUUUCUCAUGUUUGAUUUUCUUGAAUUAUUUUUGCUCAUCUAGAGGCAUGCAGCUUUAAGACUGUUCUUCACUGUGACAAUGUUUCAGGUCCUGAAACAAACUAAUUAUUUUUAAAAUCUAUAUAUAGUGAGAUACUGUUAUUACCAUAACAAUAUUAUAUUAUGUACAGUGAAUAAAGAUUAAAUGAUAUAU